UAAAGAAGUAAAGGACGUGAAGUUGUUUCAUAACUUGAAUACAACAAAUAGAAGCAAAGAGAAUAAAAGUAGAAACGAAAAUGGUUGCUUUCUCUGACAAGCAAGAGGGUUUGGUGAAUGGCGCAUAUGAAGCAUUCAAGGCAGACAUUCCUAAAUACAGUGUUGUCUUCUACACCACAAUACUGGAGAAAGCACCAGCAGCAAAGAACCUGUUCUCGUUUCUAGCUAACGGAGUUGAUGCCACUAAUCCUAAGCUCACGGGUCAUGCUGAAAAGCUUUUUGGAUUGGUGCGUGAUUCAGCUGCACAACUUAGAGCAAGUGGAGGAGUGGUGGCUGAUGCUGCACUUGGUGCUGUGCACUCUCAGAAAGCAGUGAACGAUGCUCAGUUUGUGGUGGUAAAAGAAGCUUUGGUCAAAACAUUGAAAGAAGCAGUUGGAGACAAAUGGAGUGAUGAACUGGGCACUGCUGUGGAACUAGCCUACGAUGAAUUGGCAGCAGCUAUUAAAAAAGCAUAUUAGGAUGCCCAUUAUUACUUGUAAUAAAUAAAUUUGUUUUAAAAGAACCUGUUAUUAAACAGGUUCCCCAUACAAAUGUUGCUUAAAAAUAAGUAAAUUAUAAAUUAUAUUGUAUUUGGAUA